GACCGGCUUUAAAAGACAAAAAACACCCACAAAAUUUGGGACAAAGAGCUUAUUACAAGAAGCUGAUUAAGGGUUGUUUGGGAAUUGGGGGAGCCUAUCCGCUGACUGCCGCCGCCGCCAGCCUACAAACCAACCCCAUACCCACUGCAAGGCGAAGUGGCGAACACUGGAACGAGCAAUCGUAACCCUAGCACACAUUUAUUGGGUCUUCUCGCCUUGAAACCUCGGCAGGUCCUUCUUUCAUUGCGGCAGAAGCACCAACCGAGCUCAUCAAUGGCGAACCAACUCACCGCACAGCAAAAGCCUCUCCUUCUCCACUCUGUCGUCCAGUUUCUCCAUCGCAACGGCUUCUCCAAAACCCUCAAGCGCCUUCUUAAGGAAGCUCAGAUUCAGGAUGAUUGUUGGAAGAAUAGUUCAUGUGAUUUGGAAGAGGUGUUUUGCAAAUAUCUAGAUACUUGGAAUGGUGCCCAAACAAAAUCUGAAGGCCACAAGGAACAAGAUGAUGACAGAGCUAAUAACCCUGGAGACACUAUUUCUAAGAAAAAGAAGAAGAAGCAUAGCGAAGGCAAUGAAGGCCAUUUAUCUCUAGCAUCUGAAGGAAAGCAAGAGUCUUUAGAAUAUUUGGCAGCUCAAAGUUGUGACAAAAUUGUUGAAGAGGAUGCAACUAAAAAGGAGAAAAAGAAAAAAAACAAGUCCAGCAAGCUAGAUAUUGAAUCUUGUGCAAAUGACUCUGUUAAAGAGAAACCUGUGAUAUCAAAUGACCCUUCUCAGACUAUAGAAAAUGGUGAUACUCAUGUUAAGGAUUCUAAGAAAAGAAAAAGAAAAGGUUCUGAAGAAAAAGAGAACAAGCAACUUGAAGAAGAGAAUGUUGAAGAAACUAAACGAAGAAAGUUGGAAGAAGUCAAAGAUGCAAAGAACAUAAAGCAAAAAGGUAAAACAGAUACAUUCCCUAGCGGUAAUGGACAUGGAGGACUAGGAAAUAACAAUCAGAUGGACAAUGUUAGUCUUGGUGAUGAUAAAAAACAAAGUAGUGAAGUCCCAAAUGACAACUCUGUGAAUGAGCUGAAAAACUCUUCCCAAGAGAAGUCCACAAAAAAACAAAGAAAUGGUUCUUCCGAGCCUAAAAGCCUAAAUGCGUUCCAAAGAGUGAAAGCCGAUGAAGUGGAAUUUGUUGAUGACAGGCUUCGUGAUAAUUCUUAUUGGGCUAAGGAUGGAGCGGACUCUGGCUAUGGUGCCAAAGCUCAGGAAGUUCUCGGACAGGUCAAAGGAAGGGACUUUCGGCAUGAAAAGACCAAGAAAAAAAGAGGCAGUUACAGGGGAGGGCAGAUUGACCUUCAUUCCCACUCCAUUAAGUUCAACUAUUCUGAUGAGGACUGAAGGGGUGUGUGAGAGGUUCCCACAUCAAAUCCCCCCCGUAUGGGCCUUUCCACCGCCACAAAUUUUUAGCAUUAUGUUAUUAUUAUCAUUAUGAUUACAAUUUAUCAUGUUUUUGUGGAAGACAAGAAGAGGGGUAUGGCUGGUGUGACAUCUAUAGAAGAGGUUUUUUUUUGUUUAAGUAAUUUUUGUUGUUGAGUCAAUUGUGAGUUAGAACUUGACAACCUUUUUAUAAAUGCAACAUUGUUUUUUUCGAGUAAAUUCUAUAAAUAGUU